AUGUCCGGUCCUCCCGUCCCCUUCUCCUCCCUACCUCUCUCGAAGGAGCCUUCCUCCGCCCGGCUCAACGCCUGGGGUGCCUACGGUCCCUCCGACGAACUCGGCUUCCUCAACCGUCAAACGCCCUCGACCGUCUCUGCUGCUGCCGCCUCAGAAAUCCGCACAGGGAUCCGCGUCCCCCUCGACGCCGCUCUCGAUUUCCAAGGCCCCAAGCCCCUUUUUGGCCGCCAAAUAUUUCAAAAGGACGUAUAUCAAAAGAAACCACGUAUCGUGCAUGACGACACCUGGAGCUUCAACACGCAGAGUUCCACGCAGUGGGACGGCCUUCGCCACUUCGGCUAUCAAAAGGCAGGACGUUUCUACAAUGAUACCACCCUCGAAGACAUCGCGGGGACCAGUGACCGGGGCCAAAAGAACCCGAACGUCCUGGGGAUUCAAAAUGCCGUGACCCGUGGGGGUGUUAUGGGGAGAGGGAUCCUCGUCGACUUUCGCCGAUGGAUUGAUGAGGGCCCGGGAAUGGGAAUUGUUGGGGACGGGUUCAAGAGCUUUGAGACAAGCGGGAUUAAGUUUGAGUGGUUGCUCGAGACGCUCAAGUGGCAGGGCACCGUGCCGAAGUUCGGGGAUAUACUGAUCGUGCGCUCGGGGUUCUUUAAGAGUUACUAUGAGAUGUCAGCGAACAAUGAAGCGGAACUGGAUCGGUUGACGAAUAUGUCUCCGCCAGGACUGGGAGGUGUGGAACAGUCAGAUCAAGUGCUGAAGUGGAUCUGGGAUCAUUUUUCGGCCGUGGCGAGUGAUCAUCCGAGCUUUGAAAGGUGGCCGACAACGUACGAGUGGAGUAUGCAUGAGGUGCUGUUGGCGGGGUGGGGGUGUCAUAUUGGUGAGCUUUUGGAUUUGGAAGCGUUGAGUAAGGAAUGUGCGAGGCAAAAGAGAUGGAGCUUUUUCGUCGCGAGCGUGCCGUGUUAUGUUCCGGGAGGGGUGGCAAGUCCCGUUAAUGGGGUUGCUAUUUUCUAA